GCGCGAGAAGUUCACCGCACACAGCGUAGAGUGCCUGUUCCGUUCGAAGGUUUGAAUUUGAAAGAUAGUCCGCGCCGCGUUUGCUACUGCACAGGUGGUUUACUAUCGAAGUGUGCUGUGGCUGUAAACAGCUUCGCGAGAAGUUCUUCUUCUGACUUUCUAGUUAUGUUUUCGUGUUUAUACUCACUGUAAUUGUUGCAUGUGUUGUGUUUUAGAAUAGAAUAUGCAGUGCUUCCCGGCACUUUUGAACUACCUGUUCGGGUUGGUGCUGUGCUACUGGACAGUGUCGCUGGUUUUGGGGGAAACGAGGAUUCUUCCAAAUACAGGUGAAACCGUCAGCGGCAUAUGUCCAUUUGGCUCGUUCCGAUGCUCCGAAGGCAAAUGUAUUCCGGCCCUUUGGGUGUGCAACUAUCAGGCAGACUGCGAGAAAGCGGAGGAUGAGUUCCAAACGUGCCCGGCGCCCGAAUGUGAGCCCGGACAGAUUACGUGUCGUCAGUACAUAUGGAAUAAAACAUACUGUAUCCCUCCGCACUUUCGAUGCGACAUGACGGUCGACUGUAUAGAUGGAUCUGAUGAGACGGAGUGUACUUACAGGACAUGCCAACCAGACGACUUCCACUGCGGCACCAAGGCAUCCGAUCCCUGCAUCCCCAAAGAAAAAAAAUGUGAUGGCUACUACGACUGCCGGUCAGGCAACGACGAGCAAGACUGUCCUGGAGUUUCAUGCCGUUUGGAUCAGUUCCGGUGUGCCAGGGGACACAGGUGCAUCGAAAUGUCGCAGAAGUGCGACCACAAAGACGACUGCGGGGACAAUUCUGACGAGCAAGGCUGCAAUUUCCCUGUCUGUCACGGCGUUCAAUUUCGAUGCGCUAACGCCCUGUGUAUUCCCGGAGCUUUCCGAUGCGACGGCUAUCAGGAUUGUACCGAUGGAUCAGACGAGCUAAACUGCACCGCCAUAGCCUGUCCGGAGAAUCAGUUCCUGUGCCCGAAAGGAUCAUCCGGCGCCCAUAAAUGCAUCCCGAAAAACAAGUUGUGCGAUGGCAAGAAAGAUUGCGACGAUAAUGCUGACGAAGAGACCGCUUGCUCUACUGUAUACUGCCCCUCUCUCGGUUGCGACUACAAAUGCCAAGCCUCUCUAACCGGAGGAUCUUGCUACUGCCCGGAAGGAAAGAAACUGGCCCCCGACAACAAAACCUGCACGGACCUGAACGAGUGCUAUGAAUGGGGUUUCUGCGAUCAACUGUGUUCGAAUACCGACGGGAGCUACAGCUGCUCGUGCGCUCCCGGCUUCACUAUGAAAGACAAGAACCGAUGCCAGGCGGACAAUUCAAGCGCGCUUCAGCUCUUUUUUGCCCACGAGAAAUCCAUUCUGCGCAUGACCGGCUCCGGAGGUAACCCGAUGACGUUCGUCAAUACGACAGGUGCCAGCGGGUUGGAUUUCCACUACAAAAGAAACACCCUGUAUUGGUCAGAUACCAAAACGAAAAAGAUCCAUUCUCAGUCCCUCUUCGGCACCCAAGAAUACCCAACCGCUGACAUCGACAUUAGCCUCCCCGGUUCCUGGCUCCCAAUAGCCUUAGCAGUUGAUUGGGUCGGCAAUAAACUGUACAUCGCUGACUCCAUCGGACAAAAAAUCGACAUUUUUGAACUCCAAGGUAAAUUCCACGCGGUCGUCUUGGGUUCCAACCUAACAAAUCCAGCUGACAUCGCCCUAGACCCCACGGUUGGUUACAUGUUUGUCGCGGACAGUUCUCAAGUCCUGAGAGCCAAUAUGGACGGCACCAAGUCCGUAUCGAUAGUUUCAGAAGCGGCUUACAAAGCUUCAGGAGUCGCGGUCGACAUCAUCGCUAAAAGAGUCUACUGGUGCGAUUCUCUCCUGGACUAUAUAGAAACCGUGGAUUACGACGGUCAGAAGAGGUUCCUAGUAGUGAGGGGCCAGCAGGUGCCAAGCCCCGCUCGGUUGACUUUAUUCGAAAGCAGAGUAUUCUGGACUGACGGCACAAAGCAAGGAAUCAUGUCUGUGGACAAAUACGAGACCAGCAAGCUACAGUCGAUUUAUCGAAUGCAAGAUAUCAGAGACCCGAAGGCUAUCAAAGCGGUUCACCCCCUGGUCCAGCCGUAUGUCAGCAAUCCCUGCGGGAACAACAACGGGGGCUGUCAGCAUCUGUGCGUCAUCACCAACGUAGGCUUUAAUCUAGGCUAUCGCUGCGCUUGCAACAUCGGGUGGAAGCUUGCCGUGGAUGAGCGCAACUGCGACCUCGUGGACGAAUUUCUAAUGUACUCCCAACAGAGGUUCAUCAAAGGCAAAGUUCUCAACCCCGUCGUGGAGGGAUUCAACGAUGCCAUACUCCCCGUGGUGUCCAGAAGAGCGCGCUUUGUUGGCCUUGACUUUGACGCCGAGGACCAAUACAUCUACUACUCCGACGUGCUCCAGGACGUCAUCUACCGCGUCCAUAGAAACGGCUCGGCGAGGGAGAUCGUGUUGGCGUCACAGAAUGAAGGCGUAGAAGGCCUGGCCGUAGAUUGGGCCUCUAAGAACCUUUACUACAUCGACAGCAGGAAAGGGACGCUCAAUAUGCUGUCUACUCGCAACGUGACAUACAGAAGAACGCUGAUGAUCAACCUAAAACGACCUAGAGCAAUAGUCGUUCAUCCGAACAAAGGUUUCGUCUUCUUCUCUGAGUGGGAUAGGCCGGCGAAUAUAUCUAGAACCCUGAGCGACGGAAGCAAACGAAUAGUAUUCAAGAAUCUCACCCUUGGCUGGCCAAACGGGCUGUCAAUCGAUUUUCAAAUGGAUCGGUUGUAUUGGUGCGACGCCCUUCUAGAUCACGUGCAGCACUCGAAUUUGGACGGUACCGAUGUCAAAACUGUAAACUCACGGCUGAUCAGACACCCGUUCAGCAUAGUGAUUUUCAAGGAUUUCAUGUACAUAACGGAUUGGAGAUUAGAUGCUAUCAUCAAGCUGCAUAAGUUGCGAGGCGACAUGGAGGAGACUUUGGUUAAGGAACCGCAGACCAAUAGACUUUAUGGAGUUAAGAUCUACAGCGAAAAAGAGCAGCAAGUUAUGCCAACCCACCCUUGCUACAACAACAACGGCGGCUGCCAAAAACUUUGUUUCGCCAUCCCCAGAGAAAAUUCGAACGAUCUCCAUGCCAAAUGUGGUUGCCCAUAUGGCGAACGGCUGGCCGGCGACGGAAAAACCUGUCAGGCUGAUCCAAACCAUGAGCCACCCGUCCAGGCAUGCCCCAACAGCUGGGAUUUCACCUGCAGCAAUCAGAGAUGCAUACCGAAAUCUUGGGUCUGCGACGGAGAUGAUGAUUGUCUGGAUAAUAGCGACGAGAACCAGAAUUGUUCAAAACCAACUUGCGGCGCCAACGAGUUUCAAUGCAAAUCAGGCCGCUGCAUCCCGAUGACUUUCAAGUGUGACGCAGAAAACGACUGCGGCGACUUCAGCGACGAAACAGGCUGCGUCAACGUCACGUGCAGCAGCACGCAGUUCCACUGCGGCAACGGCCGAUGCAUCCCGAGCAGCUGGAAGUGCGACUCGGAGAACGACUGCGGCGACGGAUCGGACGAAGGCGAUUCCUGCGCGGAAAAGACGUGCGCAUACUACCAGUUUACGUGUCCGAGGAACGGGCACUGCAUCCCUCAGAACUGGGUGUGCGACGGAGAUGACGAUUGUUUCGAUAAACAGGACGAGCAGGACUGCCCGCCGAUCACAUGCCAGUCGAAUCAAUUCAAGUGUGCGGAUCUGAAACAGUGUAUCCAGGAGAGCUACAAGUGUGACGGGAUUCCGGAUUGUAACGAUGGAAGCGACGAGCUUGGAUGCCCUUCUAUUGCUCCUGACCAGUGUAAUCCAGAAAAACAAUUUCAGUGUGAGAAAUCCGGAAUUUGUAUCCCCAAGGCUUGGCAUUGUGAUGGAACACCAGAUUGUGAUGAUAGAUCUGAUGAACCGAACUCCUGUGGAAAUAUCGAUUGCCCUAUCAACUUCUACAAAUGUAACAGUACUCAAUGUAUAUUUAAGUCGUACAUCUGCGAUGGCAAACAAGACUGCGAAGACGGUUUGGACGAAAGCUACAUUCACGCAUGCGUCAAGCCUCCUUACAGAUGUCCUGAUGGUCAGUGGCAGUGUCCUGGCGUGUCGGAACGUUGUGUCAACAUAACCAGCGUUUGUGACGGUAAAGUCGAUUGCCCCAAUGGAGCAGACGAGGGACCAGACUGCACUUUCGAAGAAUGUCAACAUCAAGGUGGUCUCUGUUCUAACGGAUGCAAACAAACUCCUCAGGGUCCGUUAUGCCUCUGCCCCUCCGGUGAAGUAUUGGGCUCAGAUGCAACGAACUGUGAAGACCUGAACGAAUGUGAGCCUCCGGGAUUAUGUUCUCAAAGUUGCACCAAUACUAAGGGGUCGUACUUUUGUAGCUGUGUCGGUGGUUAUACUCUAGAACCUGAUAAACAUUCCUGUAAAGCAUUCAACCAUUCCGCGGCAUUUUUGAUAAUAUCCAACCGUCACUCAAUCCUAGUAGCCGACUUGAAAGAACAAGGCUUGGAGAGGGUGCCAAUCAUCGUAGAAAACGUAGUAGCAACUGCUUCAAACAUGCACACUGGCACUAUUUUCUGGUCGGAUAUGAAGCUCAAAAAGAUAUCAAAACUGGACAAAGGCGGGGAGCCUAUGGACGUGAUUUCCACGGGAUUGGAUCUAGUGGAGGGCUUGGCUUACGACUGGAUUGGUAAGAAUAUCUAUUGGCUGGAUUCGAAACUGAACACCAUUGAGGUUUCCAAAGAGAACGGCUCCAACAGGAUCGUGCUAGUCAGAGAAAAUAUCACACAACCUCGAGGAAUGUGCUUGGAUCCAAGCCCAGGUGCAAGAUGGCUAUUCUGGACAGACUGGGGAGAGAACCCACGUAUCGAAAGAGUUGGUAUGGACGGAACGAACCGUUCAACAAUCAUCAACACCAAAAUAUACUGGCCCAAUGGUUUGACCCUAGACACAGCGACGCAGAGGGUCUACUUCGCCGAUUCAAAACUAGACUUCAUAGAUUUCUGCUACUACAAUGGUACUGGUCGACAACAAGUUCUAGCCGGCAGUCACUAUCUCCUCCAUCCUCACUCCCUCACACUCUUCGAAGACACUCUAUAUUGGACUGACCGGCAGUUGAACCGGGUUCUUUCCGCUCACAAAUUCAGAGGAAACAACCAAACCGUAGUCUCGCACUUGAUUUCCCAACCUUUGAGCAUACACGUGCAUCACCCUUCGUUGCAACCCAUCACCGAGAACUCGUGUUUAAGCGCUCCUUGUCAGCAUAUUUGUUUGCUCUCUCCAUCGUCUAGCACGGGAUAUACGUGCAAGUGCAAACCUGGAUUCAAGCUGAACCCUGGAGGAGUUUGCAGCGAGGAGGACAAUGCCUUCUUGAUGGUAAUGAAAGGAACUCAAAUCAUCGAUGUGUCGCUCAAUCCUGGCGAUAGUUCUGCCGGAUUCAUCACCGCUGUUGUCGGAAUCGAUAACGGUUUGCAAGUCGACUAUGAUAGGAAGAAUCAUCUAAUAUAUUGGGUUGAGAGCAAAGAUUCCACUGGAGAGAAUUGUACCAUAUGGAGCACCCCCUAUGGAGGAGGAAACAAAACCCAAGUCCUAGGUGUCGACUCUGGCAUUGUUGGAUCUCCUUCCACUAUCGCUUUUGACUGGCUUGGCAGGAAUCUGUUUAUUGGCAACCGCAAAGCUAGUAAUAUCGAAGUUAUAAGAAUAGAUGGAAAAAUCAAACACCGCCUUAUAAUUUUGGCUAACGACGGAAACAGAACAUCGGUAGCGAAACCUAGAGCUAUUUGUCUCGACCCCAUGGACGGUAAGCUCUAUUGGACCGACGAGGGAGGUUAUGGCGUACCACAGAAGAUAGGAAAAGUAAAUAUGGACGGCACCAACCCCAUAGUGUUAGUUGACGACAUUGAGAAACCAGACGCUCUUGUCAUCGACUAUGAAACGAAGACGCUCUACUUCAGUACUCAGUACCCGGCCUUAAUAGGAAGGAUUGGCGUUGAUGGCAAGAACAGAGCCACUAUCCUGAACGAACAAAACUAUAUAUCGUCUCCAAAGGCCUUAGGUGUGCUGGGAUCUCGCCUGUUCUACUUAGAUCCUACUUACGAGAAGUUGGUACAGGUCGCUCUACCUUCGGGCGGUAAUGAAAGGAUUAUUUUGGAGAACGAACCGGAUCUGAAGACGUUCACUAUUUUCAAGAAAAGACCGCUGGGAGAACACCCUUGUCUACAAGGCAACGGUGGCUGCGAACACAUCUGCAUCCCGGCUGAGGGUAGAUCAAGCACGUGCGUCUGCGGUGUAGGUUACAAGAAGAACGGUAUGAGUUGUUCGCCUUACAGGACUUUUGCCGUCGUCUCACAACUCGACAUGGCUAGAGGCUUGAGUCUUAAGGACAGCUCCGAAGCGAUGGUCCCCAUCACAGGGCCCGGACAUCAUAUUCUGCACGUGGACGUUCACUUCGCUGAGAAUUGGAUCUACUGGGUGGAGUUCAACAGAGGUUCGUGGAAUGGCAUCUUCAGAAUCAGGCCAAACGGUACUGAGUUGCAACACAUCAUUAAAGAUGGCAUAGGUAGUAACGGUAUUCGUGGUUUGGCUGUUGACUGGAUAGCAGGAAAUUUGUAUUUCACAAAUGUUUUUCCACACGAAAAUUACGUAGAGGUUUGUUGGUUGGAUGGGAGAAACCGGAAGAUAAUUGUCAAGUCCACAACAGAUGCACCAAGAGAGCUUGCUGUAAAUCCUAUUAAGAGGAUACUGUACUGGAUUGAUUACGGACAAUAUCCCCGUAUAGGUAAAUCAAACCUGGAUGGGUCGGAAUGGCAACCGGUUGUAACAUCAGGAAUUAGCAACCCCAGAGAUCUCACCAUUGACAUGAACAAUCACGAUGUCUAUUGGGUUGAUUCGAAACUAGAUAUGAUUCAAAGAAUAUCUUACAGCGGCGGUAACCGACAAGUUAUCAGACGCAAUUUACCGAACCCGAUGGGCAUAGCCGUUCUCAAAUCCGACUUAUAUUGGGUCGAUAGGAACCUAAAGGCCAUUUUUAGAGCCUCGAAACAACCCGGGAAUUCAACGCUGCCGACGAGAGUGAGGACCAAUUUGGAGAGUCUGAGAGACAUUGCUAUAUACGACAAUACCAACCAGCCAAGUGAUGAUACCAACCCUUGCAGCAGAUACAGAAAUGGGGGGUGUGAACAACUAUGCUUCUCCUUCCCCCAGGAUAUCGCGACGGUUUCUAAACCGAGUUUCAGAUGCGACUGUGCGACAGGAAAUAUCACGGAUGGUCGCAAGUGUGGCUUCGUCAAUGAGUACCUAGUUUUCUCUACCAGGACUGAAGUGAGAGCCGUUAAUCUAGACGCACGGUCUACUAAUGUGCCGUUCGCUCCAGUUGGCAACCUCACCAACGUCGUGGGAAUUGAUUUCGAUUUCAAACGCAAGAUACUCUUCUUCACACAAAUUAGACCAUGGGCUAAGAUAGCGCAGAUGUCGGCUACGAAUCCUGAGAGUAAGGCCAUCGUUACUUUGAAGAAUAAGGGCAUCAAUCCUGAAGGUAUCGCAUACGAUUGGACUCAACAAAAAAUUUACUGGACGGACUCCUCCAACCGCAGCAUAUACGCCAUGAAUCUCGACGGCUCCGAUUUGAUCAUGAUCACCAGGGUAGAACGAGCCAGAGCGAUCGUUAUCGACCCCUGCAAUGGUACCCUCUUCUUCACCGACUGGGGGAAAUUCGGCACCACCGGCAAAAUCUUCAGAACUACAAUGGCGGGAUCCCUUAAACGUGUAAUCAUAGACAAAGAUCUAGCGCAGCCUUCGGGCCUAGCGAUAGACUAUGACGAGCAGAUGCUCUACUGGACGGACGCAGUUAGAGAAAAAAUAGAACGAUCAGAUUUGAGCGGGAAGAACCGGGAAGUGCUGGUUUCAGCUACGAUCUACCCAUUUUCAAUUACCGUCUUCGGCAAGUACAUCUACUGGACGGAUCUACAACUCAGGGGCGUCUACAGAGCGGAAAAACACACCGGGGCCAACAUGAUUGAGAUCGUUAAGAGGCUGGAAGACAGCCCGAGGGACAUCCAAGUCUUCUCGGACCGGAGACAGCGGUGCUCAGUCAACCCCUGUCAGAUCAACAACGGUGGAUGCGCAAAGAGUUGUCAUCCUGGCGUGAAUGGUACGGCCGAAUGUCGCUGCGACGAAAACACCAAGCUUGUCAACGAAGGGAAGAUGUGUGUGGCUAAGAAUUUGAGUUGUGACUCUAGCAAGUUCUAUUGCGCUAAUGGCAGGUGCAUAUCUAGGAUGUGGGCUUGCGACGGGGACGACGAUUGUGGCGAUAAUAGCGACGAGGAUGAGAACUAUUGUUCUUUCCACUCUUGUUCCACAAACGAAUUCCGCUGCGCUAACGGCCGCUGCAUAUUCAAAUCGUGGAAAUGUGACCAUGAAAACGACUGCAAAGAUGGAUCCGACGAAACUGACUGCGACUAUCCGCCGUGUGCCGCAGGCGAAUUCACUUGCGAGAAUAAAAGGUGCAUCCCCAUGGCUCAGGUCUGUAACGGGGUUAACGACUGCAAAGACAACUCCACUUCUGACGAAGAGCACAAGAGAUGCCCCAAAAACAUGACAUGUCCUGAGAAUCAUCUCAAAUGCGAUACGACGAACAUUUGCGUGGAACCUUAUUGGCUGUGCGAUGGAGAUAACGACUGCGGAGAUAAUUCCGAUGAAAAUCCACUGCAUUGUGCUGAUAGAAGUUGCCCGCCGAACAGCAUCAGGUGUUCGAAUCACCGGUGCAUUCCUGCUACUUGGUACUGCGAUGGAGAUGACGACUGUGGUGAUGGUGCUGAUGAACCUCCGGAAUACUGUAAAAGCGAUGGGCGCACAUGUUUUGGUGAUCUAUUCACUUGCGAUAAUGGCAAUUGUGUUCCCAGGAUUUAUAUUUGUGACGGAGAUAAUGACUGUCUUGAUAACAGUGAUGAGGAUAAUCGGCACGAAUGCAAUGAUCGGAAAUGUGACGAGGAAACGGAAUAUACGUGCGAGGCCAACAAGGAAUGGGGAAGAGCUCAAUGCAUUCCGAAAAAGUGGCUGUGUGAUGGAGACCCAGACUGUGUCGAUGGAGCUGAUGAAAACGCUACGAUACACCAUUGCGCUACUCCAGCCCCUUGUAGUGAUGAUCAGUUCACAUGCGCUAAUGGAAGAUGUAUCAAUAAAGGUUGGGUUUGUGACCAUGACAAUGAUUGCGGAGAUGGUACAGAUGAAGGAAAAGAAUGCAACUCGAAGUACAAACUUUGUAAUACCAACGAAUUCACGUGCCAGAACUUCAAAUGCAUCCGAAACCAGUACAGGUGCGAUGGGGAAGACGAUUGUGGUGAUAGAUCAGAUGAGGUCAAUUGCAAAAAAGAAAACAUGACUUGUCCGGAUUCUACUCAGUUUAGGUGCAACAAUGGACAAUGCAUCAACUAUAACCUGGUUUGUAAUAAGAUAUCUGACUGUUCUGAUGAUUCUGAUGAACCGUUACAUUGCAAUGUUGAUGAGUGCGCUAAAGUCGAGAUACAUCAAUGUGGACACAAAUGCAUUGACACCCCUACUGGGUAUUACUGUGAAUGUAAUCAAGGAUAUAAAUUAUUGGAGGAUGGUAAAGCUUGCUCUGACAUCGAUGAGUGCAUAGAAAAACCCGGUGUCUGCUCCCAGUACUGUUCCAACACCCCGGGCAGCUACUACUGCAAAUGCAAUGACGAAUACUACGAGCGGGAAAGCGACGAGCACACCUGCAAACGCAAGGACAACAUCCAACCGUGGAUCAUCUUCACCAACAAAUACUACGUGCGCAACAUGUCGGUAGAUGCCCACGUCUACAACCUCAUGCACCAGGACCUAAUGAACGUGGUGGCACUCGAUUACGACAUGAAGGAACAGCAGCUGUACUUUUGCGAUGUUACGGCAAAAACGAUAUUCAAGAGCCCUAUCGGCAGUAAGACGAAACAGCCGGUCAUUCGACAUGAUUCGCAUGGACUCGAAGGCAUCUCCGUGGAUUGGAUCGGAAGGAAGCUGUACUGGUUGGAUAGGCACUCAAAGAACCUGGAGGUUGCAGAGCUGAACGGUACCAACCGAAGAACGCUGAAGACGAGCAUUCCUGAUCCGAGAGCUAUGGUCGUUCAUCCUGGUAUCGGUUACCUCUACUUCACCUCGUGGCACCUGCAAGCCUUUGUCGGGAAGAUAGGAAUGGACGGGUCGAACUUCACCAGGAUUCUAACCUGGGAAGAUGACAUCGCUUGGCCCAACGCUCUCACCAUCGACUUCUUCACAGACCGUCUCUAUUUCGCCGAUGCUCACCUGGACUACAUCGCGUCUACAGAUCUGGAAGGCAGACAUCGCCAUGUAGUUCUUUCUGGAAACAGCGUUCCACACGUCUUUGCACUGUCCUUGUUCGACGACUAUAUCUACUGGACGGACUGGAACCUCAAGGCCAUCAGCAGAGCUAAUAAGUUCAGCGGCAAAGACCUGCAAGUUCUGCGAAACACCACCCACAAGCCGUACGACAUCCAGAUAUUCCACCCACUCAGACAGUUACCUUAUUACAACCCUUGUGGUGAUAAUAAUGGAGGUUGUUCGCAUUUGUGUCUUAUUUCGCCACCUCCCGCGUCCAGUUACUUAAAUAUCGACGGCUACGGUGAUGAGGGACAGACGACAUUCAAGUGCGCAUGCCCGAAUCAAUUUUAUCUGGCUAGUGACAGGAAGACCUGCAUCGCUAAUUGUACGGCUGGGCAGUGGCAGUGUAAGGGAAGCGAUGAGAAAUGUAUUCCAUGGCAUUGGCAGUGCGACGGCGAGAAAGACUGCAAAGACGGCUCCGACGAACCCGCCACUUGUCCUCCGAGACAAUGCCGCGCGGGCACUUUCCAAUGCAAAAACCUCAACUGCACACCCUCGGCCACCAUCUGCGACGGCACGAACGACUGUGGAGAUAACUCGGAUGAGCUGAACUGCGACAAGGAGUGCCCAGAAUCAGAAAUGAAAUGUCGUUCAAACGGCCGCUGCAUCCUGAACAGCUGGAAGUGUGAUGGUGAUGCCGACUGCAAAGAUGGCUCCGACGAGGACCCCGCAAUCUGCAACAAGAGAGAGUGCGACCCGGUGACGGAGUUCGCGUGCAAGAACGGCCGCUGCAUCCAGAAGCUGUGGAUGUGUGACUUCGACAAUGACUGCGGGGAUGACUCGGAUGAGCCUGCGUACAUGUGCAGGCAGAGGAACUGCACCACAGGAUGGCAACGCUGUCCCGGAAGGUCGAAUUAUAGAUGCAUACCGAAGUGGCUGUUCUGUGACGGUAAAGAUGAUUGUCGGGAUAAUUCCGACGAGCUGCCUGAGAAUUGUCCUGCAUGCAACACGGAGACUGAUUUCAAGUGCAAGAACAACCGAUGCAUCCCGAAGCAGUGGAAGUGCGACUUCUCUGACGAUUGCGGGGAUGGAUCAGAUGAGCUCGAAGAGGAAUGCAAGGGCAUUUAUAGGGAAUGUUCAGAAUCACCUUCCAGGUGCAGCAACGGCAAGUGUAUUUCCUCCCGCUGGCGCUGCGACCACGAAGACGACUGCGGCGACAACUCGGACGAGAGCGGUUGCAGCGGCUUCCAAUGCAAAAACGGAACAUUCCAGUGCACCUCCGGCCACUGUAUCGCCUCCUACUUCCGGUGCGAUGGCGAGCGCGAUUGCAGAGACAUGUCUGACGAGAAAAACUGCCCGCCGAGGUACCCGGGAGGCAAAUACUGCCCCGAUUCCCGUUUCCAGUGCGAGAACCAUCUCUGUAUCAGUCAGGGCGACCUCUGCGACGGCGCAGAUGACUGUGGAGACGGUUCCGACGAGUCACCGACACUCUGCACGAAUUUCAACUGCGACACGCUAAGGCGUUACCAGUGCAACAACCACAAGUGCAUCCCUCGAUACCAACUCUGCGACGGAAUUGACAACUGCGGCGAUGGAUCAGACGAGAAUAACAUUACCUUGUGCGCCACAAAGAUGAAAGCCUGUGACGCUCAGACCGAGUAUAAGUGCGCCAACAAGCGCUGCGUCGAUAAGAGACAGGUGUGCGACUUCGCUGAUGAUUGCGGAGAUAGUUCGGACGAGCUCGGCUGCCACCACAACAACGUUUGCUCAGAAGCAUCUCGCGGAGGUUGCGAGCACAGCUGCAUGAACCUGACGGAUGGCGGAUACAUUUGCGCCUGCUACUCGGGAUUCAUCAUAUCCAAAGACAAUCGCAAAGUGUGCCUGGACGUUGACGAAUGCGCGACUGGGGCUCACCACUGCUCGCAGAUCUGCACUAACUUAAACGGAACCUACUCCUGCUCGUGUCAGGAAGGCUUCCGGCUGUCGGAUCAGCUCUCGGGAGUAUGCAAGGCUGAAAGGGAAGAUGUGACGCUUCUGGUGUCGAACGGAGGGGAAAUUCGCUCGUUCGAACUCAAGCAAAGGGACGUGGAGGGUGUUAUCAUGGACGAGCAGCGAAUAGAUGCAGUGGAUUACAACCCGAUGAGCCAAAUGAUCUUCUGGGCCGACAGCAGACAGAAGACAAUCAAACGGUCGUAUAUGAUCAACGCGCAGAACGGCGAAGUUAAGGCAGGGUUCGCGCAAGACCUAGAGAUCAGAGGUAACUCAAAACCGAUCGCCAUCUCCGUGGACUGGGUGGCCAACAACCUCUACUGGAGCGAAACCGAUCGCGGAUCCAAACCCAAGGGCAGAAUUAUGGUCGCCAAGACCGACGGCAGAUACCGGCGCUCGCUGGCUAGUGUCGGAAUAGAGAACCCGACGUCCGUUGUCGUUGAUCCGCAGAAAGGUAUGCUCUUCUGGACGGACGCCGGCAGUGCCCCCAAGAUCGAAGUGGCUUGGAUGGACGGUUCCAAGCGCAGGCCGCUAAUCACCGAUGAAAUACGUUAUCCGGCAGGGUUGACUAUUGACUAUGCUAUGGAUCACACUUUGUACUGGGUCGAUACGAAGCUGAACACGAUCGAGAGCAUGAAGUAUGAUGGAACUAAUCGGAAGACGGUCAUCAGAGGGGAAGUGCUGAAACAUCCGGUUUCGUUAGACGUUUUCGAAUCGAACCUUUACUGGAUUACUAGGAAUACGGGCGAGUUGAUCAAGCACGACAAGUUCGGCAGAGGAGUACCGGUUACUAUUCAGAGGGACAUGCAGAAUCCUUCUAGCGUUAAGGUGUACCAUGAUCUCAAAUACAACACCUCGAUCCAGAACCCAUGCAUAAACAGCCACUGCUCCCACUUGUGCCUAAUCGUACCGAAUGGCCACAGAUGUUCAUGCCCGGACUCUUCGACUCCCAGCCAAAAGAUCAAGGCAGACAUCCACUGCGACUCUCCCUCCGAGAAGGAACGGCCGCUCCCGAGAAUAUGCAAGUGCGAGAACGGUGGAGUGUGCGAAGAAUCGGACGAGAACAGCGAUUUGAUGUGCAGGUGUAUGCCCGACUACCAAGGGCAGUACUGCGACAUCCAUACCGAGCACAGCAGGGGAGGGGAAGGAACCAAUAUGUCGGCCAUCGUGAUUCCAAUAGUGGUUAUACUGCUGUUGCUGUGUGCGGGAAUGGGAGUCUACUUCUUCAUCAGGAAGAGGCCUUUCAAGGGAUCUGGAUUGGGCAGUUUGGCGAGCAGCCAAAGCGUCUCCUUCAGACAAGGUACGAAUGUAGAAUUCGGCGGAGCAAAUACAUUCGAUACCAACGGUGGUGGAACUGCAGAUCAUCAUGAUGUAGCCUACAAUCUAGAUGCUGUUAGCAAUAAGAAUAGAGAUUUCCACAACCCCAUGUACGAUGCAGUACAAAACAAUCCGGAGGCGAUCGCAAAUGGAAGCGGAGCUCUCUAUGAAGUAGCGUCGGAUAUGGGCAGACCUAAAGGUGACACCUUCCUAGAACCCCCUAGCGCAGUAAUCGCUCCUUCGAGCGUAAAACACAUGUCCUCGCCGCAAGUACAAGUCAGGCACAGAGAGCUGGAUCCAGCGACACAAGACACCGGGAAAGAUACCCAAAAACUCGUAGAAGAAGACUGCUGAUACAAAAUGAAAUUUCCGAUUUUUCAAAUUCUGGUUGAUUAUAGGUAAUAUCAACAGUGAUUUCUUUGUAUUAUAAAUAGUCAAUAAUGUAAUUUAUUUUUCAAAUAUUCAUACUAAAGCGUGAUCUAAAAUUCUAGUUUGAAAAAUAUAUUUUUCUAUCGAGUUGUCGUGAACGAGAGCCACUAGAAUGGGAGCUAGCGUCUGUUUUCGAAAUCGAGUUUAUAUUGUUAUAGUCGGUUCAGCGAUAUUUGGUUGCUGUAGUAAAA